GUUUUGGAAACGUGCUAAUUAAUUAAAUAUCUUUUACUGUGUAGAAGCUAAUUUACAGACACUGGCAAUAUGCUAGGUAAAUUAAGGAGUUCUCCUUUAAGAAACCCAAAAUCUUUAUAAAUGAAUUUGAGCUGGCAAGUUUUUAUGCAGUUACUAAACUAAAGAAGAUUCAAAAAAUCUGUAGCACUUGAUUGUUGUGUCAAAAUUAAACUCUUUAAAUGCAGAUUUCAGGAAGGAAGAAUGGAUGCGGUUACAGAAUAAACAAAAAAUCACGGUAGAAUGCUUACACACUUCUACAGUCUUAUUAUUAUCUCAAACUGUUAGCACUAUGCUAAAUUUCAUCUAGGUUGCCUGAAACACUUCCCAAAGCUGAAGUCUUUCCAGUGCUGUAUAGCAGCAGAAUGGAUUCAGAGAGGAGUCAACGGCCUUUGUAGUUAACCAAACCACCAAGCCCCCAGCUGAUGCUCCAACGCCGAUCCCAGGAUGCCUCCCGAGGCUUCGCGACGGUGGGAGAUGGCAGUGUUUGUGCUGCUUAGAAAUCUGCCAGUCUUUCAGGGGAAUUUAUUUUGCUCAAGACAAAUUGCCAUCAAACACACGAGGAACCUGUCACUGAAAGUUUGAUCUGCCUUUCGGUAAGCGGCAGGCGCUGCCACGAAGACAUUAAUUUUCCAUUAAUGCCACCGGUACUCAGUUUCCUUUUUUUUUUUUAGCUUUCCCGAGUAAAUCUCUUAAUCUGUAGUUGCCCUGGCGCCGUCGUCGCUAUCUCCUGAGAGAUUCCCAGCACGUGCCGGAGGGAAGCGGGGAUACAGCGACAUUCCCGAAAGCACCUCGGCGGGGACGGCCGAACGGCGGCUCCGGAGCCGGUCCUCGAGGGGCAGCAGCGGCGAGACAGUAGCACCCCCCGGAGGCUCUGGAGGCGUUCCCCGAGGGGCAGCACCCCGCAGAGGCUCCGGAGCCGGUCCCCGAGGGGCAGCACCCCCGAGGCAGCAUCAUCCCCGCAGUCCCCGCACCUGCGUGGGAGCCGCUCCGCGCCCGCCCCCCCUGCGGCACCGCGCUCCGCCCCGGCGGCAGGUGCGCAGGGCGAGCCGUGCACAGCCCUUCCGCGCCCCCGCGGCCGCUCUCCCAGCCCCGCCGCCUCGUAGCGACCAGCGGCACCCCAUAAACUUUGGUGCUGUAACUCACCAUUGAACCAACAUACUGGGAGCAGUUCAUAGCAUCAAAAUCUUCUUCCACAUUGACUGAUGCCAUCUCUCUAGUCUCCAAGCACUGUGAACUGAAGCUACAAACCUUUAUGGAGUUUAUAUCACCUGGAUCAGAGGAAAUGUCUUUCUGAUAUUUAACAAAGACCCAUACUGCCAGUAUGACGAGCCAGGAGAAGUGGGUUAACCUUAGUCCGGGAGAGUUCUCUCAGCUUCAGAAAUACGCAGAAUAUUCCACCAAGAAAAUUAAGGAUGUCUUAGAAGAAUUCCAUGGCAGUGGUGUGUUAGCAAAAUAUAAUCCUGAAGGGCUCAGAGCGCUGGGUACGUGGAGAACAACUGGUCUUGCAAAGACUGAGAAACAAGAUAUACUUAAUCAAACAAUUGAUUUAGAAGGGUUCAAGCUGUUCAUGAAGACUUUUCUGGAGGCAGAGUUACCAGAUGACUUCAUUGAGCAUCUUUUUACAUCAUUUAGCAGCAAAAUUUCUGACUGCAGCCCAUUAAUAAAAAACAAACCCCAGCACGUUUCUGGAGUUAAGGGGAGUGAAGAAAGAUGGAAACAAAUGCCAGGUCUGAGACUUAACAAAGGUACCUCUACAUCCCGACCUCCUACUCCUGCCAACUUACAUUUACCAGAUGCGAUCCAGCUGAAAGAUAUUGUUUGCUAUUUGUCACUGCUAGAAAGAGGAAGACCUGAAGACAAGCUAGAAUUUAUGUUUCGCUUAUAUGAUACAGAUGGGAAUGGAUACCUCGAUAGUUCGGAGCUGGAAAACAUCAUUGCUCAAAUGAUGCAUGUUGCAGAAUACCUUGAAUGGGAUGUUACCGAAUUGAAUCCGAUCCUCCAUGAAAUGAUGGAAGAAAUUGAUUAUGAUCAUGAUGGCACUGUUUCUCUAGAAGAGUGGAUCCAAGGAGGAAUGACAACAAUCCCGCUCUUGGUCCUCCUUGGUUUAGAGAAUAAUGUGAAAGAUGAUGGGCAGCAUGUAUGGAGACUGAAACACUUUAACAAGCCAGCCUACUGUAAUCUUUGUUUGAACAUGCUAAUCGGAGUAGGCAAGCAAGGUCUCUGCUGUUCUUUUUGCAAGUAUACAGUCCAUGAACGCUGUGUCUCAAGAGCUCCCGCAUCUUGCAUCAAAACCUAUGUGAAGUCCAAAAAGAAUACUGAUGUAAUGCACCAUUUCUGGGUAGAAGGAAAUUGUCCAACAAAAUGUGAUAAGUGUCACAAAACUAUAAAAUGUUACCAAGGCUUGACUGGACUUCACUGUGUUUGGUGUCAGAUCACAUUGCAUAACAAAUGCGCUUCACACCUAAAACCUGAAUGUGACUGUGGACCUUUGAAGGACCAUAUUUUACCACCUACAUCAAUCUGCCCGGUAGUAUUGACGCUACCUGCUUUAGGAGGUUUGCUCCCUGAGGAAAGACAGGCAACGGUGAAAAAAGAAAAGAGUUGCCCCCAGCAAAUGAACAAACUGGGAGAACGGAACAAAAUGCAAAGAGCAAAUUCUGUCACCGUAGAUGGACAAGGUCUUCAGAUCACUCCAGUUCCAGGCACUCAUCCACUUUUAGUUUUUGUCAAUCCUAAAAGUGGUGGGAAACAAGGAGAAAGAAUUUAUAGAAAAUUUCAGUACCUCUUAAAUCCUCGUCAAGUUUAUAGUCUUUCUGGAAAUGGACCAAUGCCAGGGUUAAAUUUUUUCCGAGAUGUUCCUGAGUUCAGAGUACUAGCAUGCGGUGGAGAUGGAACAGUAGGCUGGAUUUUGGAUUGCAUAGAGAAAGCGAACUUGAUUAAGCAUCCUCCAGUUGCUAUCCUGCCUCUUGGGACGGGCAAUGAUUUAGCAAGGUGUCUGAGAUGGGGAGGAGGUUAUGAAGGUGAGAAUUUGAUGAAGAUCUUGAAAGACAUCGAGAACAGCUCAGAGAUUUUGCUGGACAGGUGGAAAUUUGAAGUAGUACCGAAUGAUAAAGAUGAGAAAGGAGACCCAGUGCCUUACAACAUCAUCAAUAACUACUUUUCUAUUGGCGUGGAUGCUUCAAUUGCCCACAGAUUCCAUAUAAUGAGAGAAAAACAUCCAGAGAAGUUCAACAGUAGAAUGAAGAACAAAUUUUGGUAUUUUGAAUUUGGCACUUCGGAAACUUUCUCAGCCACCUGUAAGAAGCUGCAUGAAUCAGUAGAAAUAGAAUGUGAUGGAAUUCAACUAGACUUAACCAAUAUUUCUCUGGAAGGAAUUGCCAUUCUGAACAUCCCAAGCAUGCAUGGUGGAUCGAAUCUUUGGGGAGAGACAAAGAAAAGACGUAGCCACCGUCGGACAGAAAAGAAGAGGUCAGAUAAAAGAACCACUGUCACAGAUGCCAAGGAACUGAAAUUUGUAUGUCAAGAUCUAAGUGACCAGCUUAUGGAAGUGGUUGGUCUGGAAGGAGCUAUGGAGAUGGGACAGAUAUACACAGGUCUGAAAAGUGCUGGAAGACGGCUUGCCCAGUGCUCAUCUGUUGUCAUCAGGACCAGCAAGUCUCUGCCUAUGCAGAUAGAUGGGGAACCUUGGAUGCAAACCCCUUGCACGAUAAAAAUUACUCACAAGAACCAAGCCCCCAUGUUGAUGGGACCUCCUCCAAAAACCGGUCUUUUCUCUUCUAUUAUCAAAAGAACAAGAAACCACAGCAAGGAAUAAGCCUAUGUAGUUUAGUUUUUAGAAAACUAAUUAGCUUCGUUGGGCUUUGGAAUAUUUAUGCUGGAAAAAUUUCAAGAAUUUUAGAAUAUCUUCUACAUGCAAAAUCAUUGAUUUCGGUUUAACGGUUUCUGUAACUGAGCUAAUGUAAAACUAUGCUACUAGAAAAAAAUAUUGUCACAGUUUUGUAGGCAUUUUGCAUGAUGAAAGCAGAUGUUUACAUAAAGUGAAACAGCAUAUUUUUUGUUGCAUGCGUUACCAUUUACUAAUAUAUGGGCUAAUUCUGCCAUGGAAUAUGGGAAGAGAAUGCCAUCAGUAAUUAGUUUUUUCUCUCUUUUCCAUUUCAGCUUUUUCUACUACAGUGAUCAUGUGCCAUAGGUUCAAUAGUAUCUCUUGAAUCAAACAUCCUCACAUCAACAGCCAAUUAGACCUGUUUCAGAGUAAGGUUUAUUACAGGUCUCAUUAAUCUGUGUUUUUAGUUUACCAUUUCUUUCUACCCUGAGAAUAUUUUUAUUCAGCUUAGCAUUAAAAUCUUAUUCUGAUAACUCCUAUGUAUGUGAGUAACUGUACCUGCUGAAAACAUCUAACUGUGUGUAGUAUUCAAAUGAUCAUGAUUACUCUUGUGUAAGUUUUUGUAAGACUGGAAGUCAAUGCAAAUUUGAGCAAGAACUAUAAGGUUAAGGAGAUCGUGCCAGGAGUGAAGAGAAUAAUACUUGCGAAAGUAGCCAUCAGUGUUGUUUGUUGAAACACUAGAAUUAUUUUAAUGCAAACUUUAAAUCAUUCUGUGUAUUGACCGAUAGCAUAGUGCAUACGCACACAAAUAACCAAAGCUCAUGCCUAAUAAAGUGCAUUUCCCACCAAAGAUCUAGUGAAGGAUGCUUCAGAGAAAUGGGUUAAUGCAUAUUUAAUCAAGCUCACUGGAGUAGACUCACUUCUGAAAAUUUACAGUUCUUUUGAUUAUGUUUUCAAUGUCCAGACAAAUGUUGGGGUAGGAAAAAACAUCAAAUUAAUUGCAAGUAAAUAUUCACUUUUCAUUUGCUUCAUAAAUUGCUAGACAUAGACACAUCCUCUAAGUAUCAAGCUCUAGACAUGUACUCUAAAUAUUGGAAAAUUAAACUUAGAUAUAAUUUUGUUGUCAUUAUUACUUAUAAAUUUAUGCUAUCCAUAGUUUACUCAUCCCCUAAAAUGUUGACAAAAAGCAACCCCUAAAAUAAUCUCUUAAGGAAAAGAUAAACUGUUAUCUAUUCCCCUUUUGUAGUCUGCUGUCUGGAGUCAAAACAUUUAUUGUCCUACAUUUUGGGGAGGCAGUUACUCAGGUUUUUACUUUUUUAGCCCUCUGAGAGACUUCCUAACAGCUUAGAAAUCAUAAUACAGGGACUUGUCUGAAGUUUGCACAGCACUGUCUAAUGUUGAAAGGAAGUCCAAGAAUGGCAGCUUUUUUCAGUCUUGCAUGUGAACUAUCUCAUUCAAAACUUUUUGUGCAGUCUUAACAUUGAACAUUUGUUCAGAGUAAGCUGCUUCUCAGCUCUGCAUGUCUUAAGUUCUCAGAGAGUUCAUCAAAAAACAAACAAGGAAAAAUACCUUUGCUUGAAAUGCAUGAUUUCCCACUUUUAUCUAGACUUCAAAAUGUUAAUGAUUUAUUGAAUCUAUUUUUCUAUUAAUUCAUUCAUCCAUUAAAAAAAUAAUACUACAUCAGUUUGUAGUGCACGGUACUGUGCAUGUAUUUAAAGAAAGUUACUAUUAUUUGUUCCUCAGCAUAAGAAUUCAACAGAGUCCUAAUUUAUAUAACAGGUAUUGAAAUAAAAGUCCAUGUAUAGUUGGUAAGGAUUACGUCUUUGAAAUAUACAGUCUAUGUUCCAUAAACAUUAGAAGGUAAAGAGUGAAUAAUAUUAUGUUCAGCAUUAGGGAGAAAAAUAUCAGGGCAAUUAUUUGCUAAAACUAAGAACUUAUAAUAUCCCAUUCUUGGGUCCAGUGGUGUUGAAAUUUACAGUUAUCAUAGGAGUAAACUUUUUCCUGUCUGUUGCAAACACACACACAGAAGCAUUUGAUGCACAUCUUAACUGCAGAGGUACAUAAGUAUAGAAUAAAAGAUAUUUGCAAAAAGAAGGAACUUGCUGGCAUAAUAUUACAUAGAGUGUACAUUGGUUUUAUGAAAUUAUGGUUAUAGGUGAUAAAUAUUUUCACAUAAAUUGACAUAGGAUUUUCUACCAAUGCUCUCAACCUUUUGUGGCAAAAAUGUGUUUAACAAUAAUAUAUAAUGUGUUCUAUAUGAUUAUCUUAUGAACAUUGUAACUCUGAAAACAAAUAAAAUUAUACAUAAGCUAUUAUUUAAUAAUGUAUGCUAUUUUAAUUGUGCCAGUCUGUGACAGCAGAUUGUUCACAACACGCUUUUACAUGAAAAGGAAUACAUACACAGUUCAUGUAAUCACAAUUACGUACAAUUCUGACUAGACAUAUGAGAGGUAAGUCAGACCUGUUGGUCAGUAUGUAUCAAAUUCUCACUGUAGCAAAAGAUAAUGGAGCAGUCGUUUUACUAUACUGGUACUUAACCACAGCAAUGACAGUCUGUCUUUCUAAUAAUCUUGUUUGGUUGGGUUUUUUAGCAUGGCUUCUAAUAAUUUGAAACCAUGCUCAGGUUGAAAGUAUUGACGAUGAAAAGAAAAUCUAAGAGUACAUAAAACAUAGUAUGAAAGGAAAAUGCUUCAUUUAAUGAAAGAUAACUUGAGGGGGUCCUUUUUCACUUCAGUAUGCACAGAAUUAACAUAAUGGAAAUAAUACAACGGUGUAUGUAUGACGUGAAAAAAAAGAAUAUAUGCAUGUAUCUUCAUACAGCUGAAAUAGAUGCGCUGUUCAUACAUUGACUGAGGAGCAGUAGCUGUAAACCUUCCACUGUUUACAACGAAGCAUUCUUUAAGGUCUCAUAAAUGAUGUUUGCAAUAUAAAUGGAAAUUACAAAUAUGUAGGAAUUAUAUCUUACACUGGAUCUGGAAAUUUUUCAUCUCCCUACGAGAGAGCUGCAGCUGGGCAAUUUGCUGAGGAAAGAACGUGACGCCUCAGGAAGAAACUUCUGAAAUCAGUUAGCAUCACACUGACUUCACAUGAGUUCCUGCUAAAAGGAGGUAGAAGCAGAAUUUGUUGCAGUGAUAAAUACACUAUUACAGUUUCCAGUACUUGGAAGAUACUUCUAUGCAUAUAAUCAUGAUUAUUUAAAGCUAGGGGCUUAGACCUCGCGAUUUAGGCUCACUGGUGUAUGUAUGUGUAUGCUGGAUCAAGUAAUGCGCUGGUAUGCUUAAGACUUUGAUGAGCUAGGAAGCACUUGGUAUUUAUGAAGCAGAAGCAGAUGUUCUGACAUUUCAUCAUUCUUAUCAACCCUGUAGUAUUACAUGUAAAUA